AGUGAUAUGUGGUGUUCGCAGGCCCGGCUGAAUGAGAUUGAAGAAGAGUUCUUGUUUUGUAUGGCAGUUUCUCUGUUUUUCAUACAUUUUUAUAAAAAAAGAAAUUCAACUCGUCUGUUAAGGAAUGUAUUAUCCUACGCUAUGAAGUCUGUAGCGUAUCAAAAGGAAUAAAGUCAGAGACGGGACGGGUUCCGGUGGUGAAUAUCGGGCUGAGAGUGAAUAUUUAUUUAAAUAAUUAGCGUGUGUGAGGAAACGCGAGCUAACUGCUGCUGCUGCCUGCUAACUGCUGCUGACUGACUGACUGCUGGAGGAGUGAGUACCCGGGCUCCCCCACACUGCCAGUUGGAUGGUGUUCAAGACAGCAGUCGCUGUGAAGGCUGAGGGAGGUGUGGAAUUCGGGCAGAAGGGCUUGAUGAUGGAGCUACAGAGUCUACAGGAGGCUCUCAAGGUGGAGAUACAGAUUCAUCAGAAGCUAGUUGCACAGAUGAAGCAAGAUCCACAGAAUGCUGAGCUGAAGCUACAGCUGCAUGACCUUCAGGCCAAGAUCACAGUGCUGAGCGAGAGACAGAAAAAGGUGGUGGAGCAGUUGAGGAGAGAUUUGCUGGUGAAGCAGGAUUCGGCGGAGAUCAGGCUCCAGACACACACACAGCUCCCUCUACAGGCUGAUGGCAAAACUACCACAUUGAUCUCCAACCAGAACCAGAGCUCUCUUCCUCCAACUCACCUCAACACUCCACAAAACUCAGUGAGUGUGACUCCAGUCAUUGCCACUAAAACUCUACCUCUGAUGCUGAGAGCUGCCACACCCACCACUCCCAUUGCCAUGAUGCCUACGCCCACCAUUGCCAUGGUUACCACCCUCACCAAUACACCCCGCCCCAGCCUUCCAAACUCAGACCCCCAGAAUUCAAUAGGUCUCCAGACAGCCAGCAAGCCAGCCAAUCAGGGAACGGAGCCUGUGCGGAUUGUUCCCAAAAACACCAUUGUUGUAAUGCCCAAAACAUCUGUGGCUCCAGCAGCACUGCAACCAAUCCUGGCCUCAUCUCAGCAGCCUGUGCUCCUUACUGCCAAGCUCAGCUCAGCUCUGCUGCCCUCAACAGGCCCAGUGCAUCAACUCCACAUUUUUAAUCCCCAACCUGGCACUGCCAAUGCCCCACCUGGAACCACUAAUGCCACCCAGCCUUGCCCUGGCAGUGCCCAGCCUGGAUUUAACAUAAUCCAGCCUUGCCCCAGCAUCACCAUGACUCUCAGCACCAACAUCAGUCAGUUCAAUACUAGCAGCACAAAGCACAACACACAGCUUCCCAGCAUUCUUAUCUCGCCCCAGCCCAGCAAACCCCAUGCUGUGUCCUCUGCUCAAGCUAACAUCGACUCUGUAAAUACAGGCACACCUCACACAGCCCGGAGCAGCGAGCCCUGCCAUAAUAUCCCUACACCUGAUGCAGUGGACAGAGUGGAGCCAAAGACAUCAACCAGCAGCCCUGCACCUUCCCCGGUUCCACUGAAACCACCUGUCCCUCCUUCUACAACCUCCAGCACACACACCCAAUCUCACACAAACACACCUGCAACUUCACACACCCCCACACCCAAAAGUCAGGACAACCCGCUGAAACUGGCCUUCAUGCUGUCUCUGGGGCUCGUAACACACGACUAUCUGGAGGAGAUUCAGAGCAAACGUCAAGAGAGAAAGAGACGAACAACAGCAAAUCCGGUGUAUAGUGGAGCAGUGUUUGAGCCAGAGCGUAAGAAAAGCACAGCAUCUUACCUGAAUUCUGCUAAUCAAGAGUACAGUAAGAGAGGUCGCCCACCCAAACCCAGCAGUGUGGUGGAGAGGGGCAUCAGCCCUUUGACCCCCACCAGCCUACACCCAGCGUGUGUGGGUCCUCACUUCCCCGUCUUUCCACAAUCCCUCUCAUCACAUCCAUCCCCAUCCAGCCCUCGUCUCAGCCUGAGCUCAGUGGGGGAUGGAGACAUCCAUGGUGCUUUCUGUGUGGUGUGUAGGCGCAGUGGGCAGUUACUCAUGUGUGACGCCUGCUCAUGCGUCUAUCACCAGGACUGCCUGGCGCCGACCCUCCACAUUGUUCCUCAGGGCAUGUGGAUUUGCCCCUCGUGCAAAAAGCAGAUUUUGAAGAAGGAUGAAGUGAUAGAGUGGCCUGGAACUCUUGCCAUAGUCCAUUCCUACAUUUCUUACAAAGCAGAGAGAGAACAGGAGAAGCAAAGGCUGGAGAAGUGGAGCUCUGAACUGCAGCAGGAGAGAGAGGAGCUUGAGCUCAAAGCUAAACAGCUCAGUGACUCCAUCACGAUAUGUACGGAGAGUAGGAAUGGCGUUCUAGCCCGACAGAGGGAAAUGGAGGCCUCAAUAGAGAAGGUGAAGGAUCUAGUACGUCUUAUUAGGGGCAUCCAGCUGCCCUCUCUGCCCCAGUUUUUGGCCAUGGGCAUUACCAACGGAAAUCCAGGCACUAUUUUGACCCAACAACCCAUCACCACUCCCAGCUCGGAGGAAAACCAACAUCCAAACAGAAAGAACAGCACAAGCUUUGGUAGUCUCUCUGAUGUAGGCAACACCUUUACAGAUCUCAGAGAUACCUCAAACCUACACACCAAUCCCACAAACACCAACAGCAGCAUCCCAAGUGCUGAGAAAACCGAGGACACCAGUGAAACGAAGAACACUUCCAUUAGCCGACAUGGUUCUGUUACAAACACCUCUCCAACUCUCAGCAAUACACACAGCCAGAACACCAUGUGUGCCAGCUCAAACGGGACUCUGGAGCCAGAGGAUGGAUAUGAGGAAAGCAAAAACCAAAAUAUCGCCAGUGACAAAGGCUGCGUGGGAGACAUAAAUAAAAACAGCAUCAGGGACCUCAGAGGAAGUGUGGAGCCUCCGUUGCCUACAGUAAUGCCCAUGGCAGAGGUAGUACAAGGUAUAGAAUAGUAUCGACAUUAAAGUGUGUAUCCCAUUCUACCCCUUAUGCCCCAUAGACCUCCGAUCUAAAAGUGUCCUAAGUUGCCAUUUAAUGUUUCUGUUCCUGUGUUGUCUUGUCUGUAAGAAUCCACAGUGCCAUUUUGGAUGAGCAGGAUUAAAAGUUCUAAAGUACCAGCACCUGAAAAAAUUAACACAAAUAAUAAUCAAUAAUAAUAUAAAGAAAUAAAAUUAAGAGUUAUCAGAGUAUAUCACACCAAUGUGUGCCUGCUAUAGUUGCCAUUGCACCUCUUGGUUGGAAAGCUUACGGAACAACUGAGCAAAGGAUUUUUCCAGCUAUUAAAAUAUUAGUGUUAGGACAUAAGUAGGCAUGUGCCGAUAAUAUACAAUAGUUGUACAAUACAUUGAGAUAUUAAACUUGCACGGUCUUGUCAUUGUAGGCAAUGACAUUAUUAUGUCUGUAUGACAGUGAAGUAAAGUUCCUUACUUUGGCCAGUUGUGAAGCCAUCACCACAUUUAGCCCUCAAAGCAGAUGCAUUAUUCUGUUUAUCAUGAAAGUUUAAAAUGUGCUGACUGAUUAGUAAAUUUCCAGAAAUCCUUCACUGUUCAAUUUAGCUAACUAUUAUAAUACACACUGGUAGGCAAACAGUUAGUUCUUCAGCUGUUAGUCAGCUAGCUAUGUUACAAAAACUAAGCUUGUGUAUUUUUAGGAUGUUUGAUAAUUCAUUCAUUCAUCUUCAGUAUCACUUUAUCCUGGUCAGAGUCACAGUGUAUUUGGAGCAACCAGGAACACUAGGCAUGAGGCAGGAAGACACCUGGAUGGGAUGUCAGUCCAUCGCAGGGCUUUCAUUUUUUUUAGCAACUUGAUUGUAAAAUAAAUGCACAAGAACUUAAAAGUUAUGAAUAUAAGAGGUUGCCAAAGGCUCUUGCUGCCAUUUACAGUUAAAAUGGAGCGCCACAAGACAGCUACAGGUAAGCAUGUAGUAAUUAUUUAAUGUAAUAUUGUGAUUACAUCAUAAACCCUGAUAAAAUUUAUAUAUAACAAUAUGAAAAAUGUAUAUCGGUACAUGUCUACUUCUGGUCCUAUUGCUGUUAAAAAGGAGUAAUAAGGCUGGUAGAGUGAUCGAAUCAGUCCAGUACAGGUGUAGGGCUUUUUUCCCCUCUGGGCUCCAAAGCAGAACAGCUAAGAGAAAGACAUGAAUCAUAAUUUAUAAGCAGGUCUUCCAGGUGUUCAAAAAGCUACACACCUAUUAGAUGUAUUUGUUCUAUUUAUAACGUCCAUGUGCAACAAUUCUGUAAGUAUAUUUUUAAAUUGUUGUCUUUUCAAAUAAAUUACUCAGCUCUGUUUUGCCAAAUAUUGUUUGCCACAGGGACAUGUAUUUUUACUUUAUGGUGAUUAAAUAGAUGUAUGAAUAAUAGCGUUGUAUUUGUGUAGCAUCAGUAUUGAGGACUCCUAAUAAAACACAGACACAGCCUUUACUAGUGAUCAAAAUGACAUGUGUUUGAGUGUUAAGGCAGUUAGUGAGUUUGGUGUUGGAUCUCAAACACAACCUUUACAACAGAGGAUUUCAAGUGUAAUGUUCCAUCUCUUUCCCUAAUAGGUUUUUUUUUUUUUUUUUUCAAUUAAAUUAGACUAUAAUAAAUCAAUGACUUAGUUAAUAGAAUGACUCUAAAAUCAGACUUUACAAAGACAUUGUGGUUAGUUUCCCUCUCUAGUGUACCACAGGGCUGACGGCAUCUGCACACUAAGUAAAGCUUUGUUAGUGAAGGUUUCUGCAGCACACUGAUGGUAAGCAUUGUUUUCUGUCAGCUGUCACUUUUCUGUGGGUUUAUUUGGCCCUGUGGUACUUUACUGUUGGUUUAUGCACAUUUUAUCAAAAAGAAAUCUUUUAUUUGUGAAAUGAUGCUUAUGUAGCAUUAUACAAGGGCUUUCUAUUUUGUAUUGUUUUAUUAGCUGAAGUGUUAGCCUUCCACAUGGCAGCACUGUUAAGACAACGCGGAGCAAAAGCACAGGAGUGCGAGGUUUAGCUAAGAACAGCACAGGAACAUAAAAGAACCCAACACCGCUCCACUCAUCUGCUAUCAUAUCAUGUUAAAGAGUGAGUGAUCAAAGACAUGCUGCAUUUGUAUCAUAUCUCUGAAAGUCUACAGAUGUGAGUGUCACACCAUUAUAAAUACAAGAUUGUGUGUUUUAUACAAGGGUAUGGCGACUUUUAUGAAACUUUAUGUCGGUAAUGAAGCACAACAGAUCAUGCAGAGAUGCAAAUUACAAAUAUAAAUGUGAUGCAGGUCUGUGUAAAUAUAAAUAGUACUGGUUGUGUCCUUGUAUCAGCUUUGUGUGUGUGUGUGUGUGUGUGCGCGCGCACGCGUUUCACUACUCAGGCAAUCAACCCGUUUGGCCUGUAGUAGAGUUUUAAAGCGGUUGCCUUAACAUGCUCUGGUUUCUUGGUUAAUGUGAUGUCCCAGUUGGAGGAACAUUUGCGUCAGUGUGAUUUGGCAAAAUUCUGUGUGUUUCCCUCCAGGAGUCAUUACUGCUUUCUGUUGCACUAUCAUCACAUUUUAGUUGUGUACCUUAUGCUUAUUUUUGGCCAGUGCCUGAUUUGAGUUUUGUUUUAUUACGGUAUUCUUGCACUUUCAGUUAAAACAAUUUAAUUGUUUUUUUAAUUUCUGGAGUGCUUUUGCGUCCAUUUCAUGGUUUAGUUGGUUUGAUUCAAAGCAACCAAGCUUUAUUUCUGACCUGCUGCACAAUAGUGUUUAGCAGCGAGCCAAUUAAUUUUAAUUUUCAAAAGCCCUGUUGGAGAACAUUUUCUAGAUGAAUAAACAGUGACGUUUAUACAGACGUAUGUGAAUUUGCCAGAGUGGGACCUAAUGGACAAAAACUGGUGGGCAGCUUUAAGCCCUGUAAAAUUAAGGGGAAGGGGGGAAUUACAAUAUAUACAAAACUGUUGUUGACUCUCACUAAAGUUGUGAGAUCUCAGUUGUGAGCAUUGAUGUGCAUUUUUCUACAGAGAAUUGUUCUUUUUUUUUUUUUCUAUGAUGAUGAAAUGUCUGAUAUAAUAAAAGUGUGUUUUAGGGGUUGGUAAGGGAUUGCCCAUUAAAUUGGAUAUUUGCAAAUGUCAUCUUAAGCCCCUUGUUGGGCCAGGAAAUGUCAGGUUUUGCUGAAAACUCUGACCAUUUGUGUUUGGAUGUUUAAAGCUGUAGUGUCUGAAAGUGUGGAAAGUCUCUGCAUAUACGUUACAUACACUAGAGAAUAAGUGUUUGUGUCAUUUUAUUGGUCCCUAAAGUGUUUUAAAAAAAAUAAUAAUACAUUUUUUUUUAAAUGUGAAACUACUGGAAAGCCCAACACUGAGGCAGUGCAUUACAGUCCACUACAGUCAUCAUUAGGCUGCUUGGGCGGAGUGUUGAGGUCCACAUUCACAUUUUCACUCAACACAAACUUGCACGCCUUCCUUUUACCAUUACCUCAUUAAAGGGCCUCUCACCUGUACGAAUUCAGGAAGGCAAUCAUAUAAGGAGUAUUGCACAAACACAACAAAUUCACAGUGGUACACCCCUUGUGCCAAACAAAUUACAAAGUGUUCAGUAUGCGAUUUACAUAGUUCUCUUGGAAAGAAGUGUUGAAUAUUUUUUCAUAAUGGUUUUAAGUAUGAUGUGAUGAAUUACUUUUUUACAGUUUGUAUGUUAUCUGGUCUUUGUUGGUCUUUGUUGUUUGGUGCUGCCUGAUGUUGGUUUGUUCGUUUCAUUCAUAGACUUCAUCGUUUUCUUCGUGUAAGUUAUUUAAUGCACAUUUACACAUCUUUCUUCAUGUUGAAGGGGAUGGGCAUUUUAGGAGCAUUUGAUCAAUUUGUAUUUAUUAAUUUUUACCAUUUUUGCUAAUUAAAACCAUAAAGUCAAUCACUGUUUCAUUUGUCUGUUUCUGCAUCAAGCUUUACUCCAGGUUUUUAAUGACAUGGUUACAGUCUCUCCACAUAUGACAUACAGUAUAUUGUAUAGAUUCUUUGAUAAUUAAAAAAUAUAAAUACAUCCAAAUAAAAUAUAUACUUAACAUCCUUUUCAGACACUG